AUGGCGAGAGAAGGGGUUGACCGUGCGGUGGUGGCCGGCGGAGCAGCGGCGGUUGAGGUAUUUCGACAACAUGUAGAAGAAAGUCAUCAUGAUUUGGUUAACUUGUUAACCCAACAAAUGACUACAAUCUUAAAUCCUUUGAUGGCAGAUCAUGAGACAAAGUUUGAGCGUCUUACUAGGAAAAGUCCUCAGAUGGUUCAUCGUGGUCAAAACGCUAAUGACGUGUUGGCUCGAUUGCAUGUCAAUCAAAUUGGUGAAUGUUAUGAGGUUACGAGGAUUGUUAAAGAUGUUUUUAACAGGGUUGGAUUCAAUAUGGGUUUUAUGAAUCGACCCUAUUUUGUCUCUGCUUUCUCUGCUAUUGUUCGAAUGGCAGAAAUACCUAGAAGAGUGAAGAAUCCUAAGAUAAUUACAAAAUUCACUGGAGAAGUUGGCGAAUCAACUAUUGAGCAUAUUGCUAGAUAUUUAGUUGAAAUCGAAAAUCUGGCGAAUGAUAAGAAUUUGAAAAUGAAUUUUUUUCCUUCUUCGAUAACAAAGAAUGCAUUUACUUGGUUUUCAAAUCUUAGGCUUAAUUCGAUGACGACUUGGGCACAGUUAGAGAAUGCUUUCCAUGCUCAGUUUUAUAGAAGAGAGUUAAAUGUAGUGGUUACCGAUCUAGUGGCUUUGAAACGUGAUGAUGAAGAGUCAAUGGAUGAUUACAUGAUUCGUUUCAAAAACACUCAAAGUUGA